AUGAAGGGCUACGAAUAUCCUCGAGUGCGGCCUCCUACCGCUCUCCUACCACCUCAAAGACCAUCGGAGCCACGUUUCUCAUGGAUGGAAACACCUGCGGAUGAGGAGCAUCGGUUGAUGACCAAGAACGCGAGGAGACCGAGACAUCCAUCAAUCGCAACACAAUCACAACACCCAGUCCAGCAGGCUGAACAGGAGAUCAGCCUUCGGGAAUUGACGAGGAUGGAGACUCAACGUCAUCAUGAGGAGGUACAUACAUACCGGGCACAGGAAAGCGUUGUUGCACAACAACAGCAUUUUGUCCCAGAUCCGCCGCACAAUGGCGCUUAUCAUGCUCAACCACAGUUCACGCAAGCCCAAGUACCACAGAACCAGUUCCUGCCUGAACAGAAUAUUCCACUUCAACCUCAAACUCCGGAGCCCGUGAAGCAAGGUCCUGCACCAAGCUACGAACCACCAAGUUCUGUUGGGCCUGAUGAGAACCCUUUAUCACCCACCUCCACAAAAUUCACACGAACAAACACAAAUAUGGCCAUUGUACCUCCGCCUUCAGAUAUGUCUCAAUAUUCAAUUGGCACAUUCACACCCAGCCCCCAAGCCAUUCGAGGUGGCUCCUGGCAACAUGGACUUUGCUCAUGUGCUGAACCUUCAAUCUGCUUGACAAGUCUUUUCUGCCCCUGUAUCAUCUAUGGCAGAACGCAAUAUCGGUUAGCCUUGCGGGGAGAGAAGAAAGACCCCACUAAUAUGCUGGGUUAUACUUCAAUUAAUGGCUCUUGCAUAGCCUUCGGCUUACUUUGCGGCAUCAAUGGCUUUCUGGCAGCUAUCCAACAUACGAGAGUACGGAAGGCAUAUAACAUGAAUUCCGAGGCUGGCAAUGUCGCUGGCGACUGCUUGACAGGCCUUUGCUGUUGCUGCUGUGUUGUGGCGCAGGACGAGAAAGAAGUCAAAUUCCGAGAAGAACAGGCCCGCAAGCCUGCCGGUUCAAAGAAGGAAGGCUAUGUUCCUCCUACGGCUAUGGCUUUCACUCCUCGCUCUGUGUGA